GGAUGAGCUGGAGGUGAGCAACAUUCAAGUGCAGGACAGCACCUUGGUGGGUACAACCAAUGGUCUGAGACUCAAAGCAUGGCCGGAUAAGUAUCCUGGAGCGGCUUCGUCCAUAUUCUUCUCUGGCAUUGCAAUGAACAAUGUUAAAAACCCCAUUAUCAUUGAUGAACAGUACCAAUGCGAUCCUGAAAACUGCAAAGCCAAGCCAUCAUUGGUGAAGCUGAGCAACAUACAUUUUUCAAAUAUAAGGGGUACAUCAUCAUCACCAAUCGGAGUGGACUUAAGGUGCAGCGAACUGUUCCCAUGCCAAAACGUUGUGCUUUCUAACAUUGACCUUAAGAUGGGAGGCAAACCUGUCACCAGCAGAUGUGUCAGUGUCAAACCCUCCUAUGUCGGCAUAAAUACCCCAUUGCCUUGUUCUUAAUAAUUAGGCCAAUCUUCUUAUUAUCAUAUAGCGAGGAAGGGAAUGAGGGACAGAUUGGGGGGGUCAACGGGAGCUUAUUCUUGUAGCAGCACCAGUACAGUACAGAUAAUGCCUAUCUCAAAAAUGUGUCGAUUCUAUAUGAUGAAAUGGGGAAAAUGUCCUAUUCUUUCGAUUUAUUGGUAUAACUUUUUAUUAUUAUACUGUGAAGCAUUAGGGAUAGUUUUGGAUUUUGCUUUGGUUGUAUAUUCUCCCUAGGCGAUUAUAAUGAUGAACUCCCUUAAAACCAAUUAAGAAAAACCAACUUCAACAGCUAAGUUCAUUUAUACUAUAAACUUCAACCCAGGAUUUGAAUGUAUAGCCAACUUCAAUGUACAUAUUUGGAAGGAAGUUGCUGUUAAGGCUUCACAACUUGUGCCCAUAACAUUUGGUGUUUUCAUUGAGAGUCUGAUCUCAUGGAAAGGACAAUCCACAAAGAGUUCUAACUGACAAAAGGCUGAGUAAAGUGCCAUUGAGUUGACCUUUUAAAAAUGUCAGCUCUCAAACAAGGUGGCAUUUUUAUGAGCCCCUUAUUGGGGAUCUCACAAGUGGGGUGAGGUUUAUAAAUUUAACAAGCUAGUUUUUUAGGAUGGACUUUUCCUUUAUAUUUGUACUUGUAACGUUGUAAGUUUGGAAAAAUUCCAUAUAGUUUGGGUACAAAUCUAAGUAAUGCUUAGUAAGCAUGCUAAGUAGAUGAGAGGACCAUAACUUCAAAAACUGAAGGAGGCUUGACAAAGUAAUUAUUGAAUAAUUCAUUUGUGGCAGUUGAUCAGUUAAUAUGUACAUGAACAAGUCUUCAGUCCUAUGGCAUCUUAAUUGAUUCGCUUAAAAGAUUAUUUUACACCUCUUCGGUUUCCUGUAUGGUAUAUUUAUUUGGUCAGAUAAAUCUCAAGGUUGCAUGUCAGUAAGUCUCUUUAAGGAAACGAAGGUUAAGUAUGCUGCGGUGAGUAAUGGCCAUCUUCAAGUGGCAAACAUCCCUUUUUAUGUUUCAUAUGACAUACUUAAUAUGACCUAGGUUAAAAGUGGCAUAAGAACCUUGAAGUUUUCUCAUGUCAGACAAUGUGAAGUAAGAAAUAUGAAUUAGAUAUAAUCAAAGGCCAGUUCUUGUAGUAUUUUAAAUAAAUUAAUUCCUCAAAGGUUUAACGCAAGUUGGGUGAACCUCCAGGUCUUUUAUAGAAAUGACAUGCAAGUUUUAUCUUUCUUGUUUCUAUUCUCAAACAGCAACUUCGCUCAGUAAUGAGAGAACAAUGGAAUCACAUUACCCAAAGAGCUAUAUUGAUGAAAUUUAACAGAUCGCUGGAUACUAAAUGAACUUUAUGAUAUUGAAAAUAUAACUCUUGAAUGCUAGUUAAACUGUUACAACUAGAAAGAAACUCCCCCCAGAAAGAUAGGUAAGCGUUCAAAAAUUAAUAUAGAGUAACAAGAUUAAUGGCUGUAGUUCAAGAAACUCAAGAUUAAAUAUCACAGGAUAAGAAGUUGGUGCUAUUCUUAAACUCAAUUAAGAUCUGAGAAGUCAUAGUUUCAGCGAAUCUGCUAAAAAUGGAGAGAGUAGCAUUAAGCAUAAGUAUAGCAGUAGUAGCAUAUGCAGCCACUUCUAGAAUUGGCAUGGCAAUGGCUCCAGUUCCUGAACCUGUGGAUGAAUCACCUGCCCAGAAUUCAAGAGCAGUGAGAUAUUUUGAUGUCACAAAAUACGGAGCAGAUUCUGAUGGGAAGACAGAAAGUAGCUCUGCAUUCUUAGCAGCUUGGGAGGAUGCAUGCUCAGCUGCAGGAAACUCAGUGUUGUUAAUUCCAGAAGGAACAUUCUUGGUUGGCCCAGUCUCAUUUUCAGGGCCCUGCCGCAAUAAUGAGUCCCCAAAGAUAGAGAUCGGUGGGACCCUAAAGGCUCCAAGCAGCUUCAAUUCCUUCCAAUCUUCUGAUUGGAUUGUGCUCAGAGGAUUGAAUGGCAUCAAUCUUACUGGAAUCAACAGCAUGGCAGUGUUGGAUGGUCAAGGUGCUGAAUCAUGGUCAAAGAAUGCUUGCCACAAGCACAAGCAUUGCUUCAAUCUCCCUAGUAGUCUAAGGUUCAUGAAUGUUUCACAUGGGACAGUGAGCAGCAUAAGUUUGCUGAAUAGCAAGUUCUUCCAUGUUGUGAUCUACAAGUGUGACAACAUGAAUGUGUCAAACAUAAACAUCAAAGCACCUGCUGACAGCCCGAACACUGAUGGAAUCCACAUUAGUCUCUCCUCUACCAUCAGCAUCACCUCCUCAAUAAUUGGAGUUGGAGAUGACUGUGUCUCCAUUGGACCAGGCACCACCAACUUAUCUGUCUCAUUUGUGCAUUGCGGUCCAGGCCAUGGAAUCAGUGUGGGAAGCCUGGGAAAAUACCCAGAUGAGAUGGACGUUGAUGGGGUUCAUGUUUCCAACUGUACAAUCAAUGGUACUCAGAAUGGUGUGAGAGUGAAAACCUGGCCAGGGGCUCCACAUGGUCAGGCUUCAAAUUUAGUGUUUGAGGACAUAGCCAUGAUUAAUGUCUCAAACCCAAUAAUAGUAGACCAAGAAUACUGCCCCUCACGGACCUGCAAGACUAUGAAGCCAUCCGGAGUGAAGCUGAGGGACAUGAAGUUCAAGAACAUCAGUGGAACUUACAGCACCAAGUUUGCAGUAACUCUGCUGUGCAGCUCAGAUGUUCCUUGUGAGAAUGUGCAGAUGGUUGGCAUCAAUCUGAAUUCCACAGUACUGCAAGAUUUCGAAACGUACAGCUUUGUUACAAGGGGUGGCAUUGAUGGUUUAAAAUUUCUUAAUUCUUAGUUCUGAAAGGCCUAUUAAUUCGGAGCACAAUUAUUUUUGGACGUGCUGAAACUGUGGCUGUAUGGGGCAUCGCUUGUUCAACGUCCCUUCUGUUACUUUAUUUUGCAUUAGUUUUUCAGCUUCAUUUUAUUUUAUAUAUAUAUAUAU